AUGGUUCGUGGGGAAGGUAGUCAUCAUGAAUCAGAGUAUGAACAGAGUUAUGGUCAUUAUGGUAUGAUUGGAAAUUCGGACCCGACCGAGGGUACUAUGCGAGGAUUGGAAACAGUAAUCCCAUCUUAUUCCACCUUAGAAUCCGGAUUACGAAGACGAAGUAUGGUCAGAUCAGAAGGAUCAUAUGAUGAGGGACGAGAUGACAUGAUAUUACGAGAGAUAAAUGGACAUGCAUGUACUACUGAUUCACCAGAAGACGAGUUAUGGACAGAUAGUAUGCCUGAAGAACCAAGGGAUGACCAGUUUGAACAAGAAGCUCUUAGAAACUAUGAUUUAAGACAGAGAGAGACAGCAGAAAAUUAUCAUAAAAGAAGAGAAGAACCACAAAGAAGUAGAGCAAGACAAGAAAAUAAUCAUUGGGAGCCAUCAUCAAAUCCACCACGAGGAAACGGGCAUUACCAAGGCGGAAAUAAUCCACUUGAAGCAGAUAAAUGGUUACAAAGGUUAGAGAAAAAUUUCAAUGCGACAAGAUGUCCUGAUGAUCUCAAGAAGGAUAUAGCAGUAUUUUAUCUGGAUGAUGAUGCCAGCAAAGUAGCAAGGUGGGACUAUGAAGUUAACUUCACUAGAUUACAGAGGUAUGCAUGCUACGGGCAUGAUGAUGAACCUGCGGUCAUACGACCAAAUAUUGGGAAUAUACUACAAGCAGUUGAGUUCAAUGACUUUAAUCAAUUGGUGGAACAGACAAUCAAUGUAAAGGAUGGAAUAUAUGCUGAACGAGUGUACACAUCCCAAUAA